UAAGGAAGUAACUGUCAGUGCAGUUUCAGUCUCAGGAGGAUAAACCCACAGGCAGCAGUUUCUCUGUAAAGGCAUUCCCAGGAUUCCUCUCGCUACAUUACGCUCUACCUGUCGGACAGGUGAGGCCGGCUCUCGCGCCCUGACGCAGCAGAGGGAGAAGGCCAAAAGCGGACUCUAGGAGUGGGGGUGCGGGAGCAUUCAUGGUCAUCUAUGGGUGAGUGUCUGCGGAAAGCUUGCCCAUGUCUGGAAACACUAUGGCAGAGGAUUUUCAGCGACAAGAAGCCUGGAGCAGAAGGAGAAGGAGGGAGUAUGCCUAUUAGUAAGGAAGGAGGAUGUGGAGGCAGCGGUAGGGACGGUACCGGAGGGUUGAGACCACCGUGCCCGGGGCCGCAGGAUAAAGUGCCGGAGAGCGGCUGCAUUUAUAGGGCGCUGUGGUCGUUUGAAUCACGGCAUCCUGACGAGCUGUCCUUCACGGAGGGGGAUCUGUUCAGCGUCAUCACCCGAACCGGGGACUGGUGGACCGCGCGCAGGAUCGACAAGAACGGGCGCGUGCUCGAUACUGGGGUCGUGCCCCAAAACUAUCUGGACCGGGCCGAGUCUCUGCAGACGCAACCGUGGUUUUUUGGGAAAAUGAACCGCAUUGAGGCUCAGAGCCACCUGAUGGGACCAGGAAAUGACCUGGGGUCUUUCCUCAUCCGACACAGCGAGAAAGACCACGUCGGAUACGUUCUUUCAGUGAAGGCAAGCAUUCGGGUGAAGCAUUUCAAGGUGUACACAGCAAAUGAGACUAAUUUCUUCAUAGAGUCCGGUCUCAAGUUCACCUCCCUGAUCGACUUGGUGGAAUACUACUGUGCCAACAACCUGAACACCAUCGGCAAGCUGGGAAACUCCUGCAAGAGGAAAAAGCCUCCUACCACAGAUCUGAGUCAUUUUACCGUGGAUGAGUGGGAGCUCCCGAAAGAGGAGUUCACGCUGCAGGAGGAGCUGGGCAGCGGAUACUUUGCUGACGUCUACAGGGGACGCUGGAAAAACCACAUUAAUGUCGCCAUCAAGAUCCUCAAAAGUGACUCUGAGUUGAACCACCGUGAGUUUCAGAGGGAAGUGCAGAUCCUGAAAAGUCUCCGCCAUCGUCACCUCAUCUCUCUGUUUGCCAUCUGCACGUCCUCGGCACCGUACUACAUCAUCACCGAGCUGAUGGAGAAAGGCAGCCUGCUCAACUUCCUCAGAGGUCCAGAGGGGCAUAAACAAGACAUUGCGGCCCUCGUUGACAUGGGUGCCCAGGUGGCUGAUGGGAUGUCAUACCUGGAGGAGAAGAACAGCAUCCACAGAGAUUUAGCAGCUCGAAAUGUCCUGGUGGGGGAGGACUACAUCUGUAAGGUGGCCGACUUUGGCCUGGCCAGAGUGAUCAAGGAGCCGGUCUACAUCACGGAAGAUAAAAAGAUUCCCUACAAGUGGAGCGCUCCUGAGGCCAUCAGCCACGGGAAGUUCUCCAACAAAUCCGAUGUCUGGUCUUUCGGUGUCCUGCUUUAUGAGAUUAUCACAUAUGGAGGCGCUCCUUACCCAGCAUUUAGCAACCAGGAGUCCUACCAGCAGGUUACAAAUGGCUACAGGUUGCCAGCGCCGUCCAACUGCCCCGACAUGCUCUACAAAAUCAUGCUACAAUGUUGGAGCUUCGAGCCUGAUGACAGGCCGGACUUCAAAACCGUCAAAAGCAAACUGGACAGCAGCUUCUACGAGUUGGACUGACCGCUCGCCUGACCUCCUGCAGCACACACUGAUUCUUCAGGAUUCUGCAUUGAAAAACUUUGACUGUGUGUUUGCACUGUGUAAACCUAAAAGCCUGAUUUAUUUUAUUCAGUUCACAAGGCCUGCAACUGUUAAUUAUUUCCAUUUAUGAAUAGUCUGAUGAUUUCUUCUUUUUAAAAGCUGAAGCCUUUUCAAAAGAAGAAGAAUUUUAGUCAUUUUUCAAAGCAAAAACACAAAAAGCUUGUACAGUGGGAGCAUUUUAAGAUUUAUAUAGUUUUAUGUAACAAUAUACUGGACUUUCUAUAGGUUAUGGUCUACUUGUAGGACAAAAAAUGCAUUUAAAUAUGUUAAUUUGGGCUCUAAAGGGACCCUAAACUCAGACUGUGUUGCCAACAGUUUCUAUGAAAGUACAACCAAUGUCUUCAACUAAUAUUUUUGAGUCAUGACAACCUCAAAAGCAUUAAAGAUAAAUACACCACAAUCUCAAAAGCAGCAGCCUUGUGCACAAUCAUUUGUAAAGCAUUAAACUAACUCCUUUAGCAAGAUCAAACGUCUUACUUAUUCAACUGUACCUGUCUGCAAUACAGACCUUCAGCCAGCAGGGGGCAGCACAGUCACAUCUGAAGAUUGUCUUGCCUUCUUUUCUAUCUAGUGAUGCUUUUAAUGCCAGAUGACUCACAGUUGCUUUCCUACAGAACAAACCCAUCCAGUAUUCAUCAGUUUCUCUCCAAAACAAUCCAAUCUAAGCUGCUAUAAACUGGAAUCUCCAGUUAACAUGGGUAAGAAAUCACAUGAGUCAACCUUUGACAUCUUAAAGUCACUUCUUGCAUCAGUAACACAGAUCUGCAUCUUACUCCCUAAAACCAGCGAGGUGACCGUUAAUAUGUCCUUUUUCCUAUGACGGCUUAUAGGGGCCCUGAUUUCCAGGUAAAAACAAUUAUUAAUGAUAUAAAUGGGAUUUGUGGACUAUAACAAUCAGACCAACACAUGUUGGAAACUUGCAUAUAUGCAUGCAACAGCUAAAGUGAAGUGUUGGUCCCCUCCAAUUAACAUUUGUACAUUUCUAACUACUUUAUCAACUACAUUUAUAUAUAUUUUGAUCUAUUGUCACAUUUUGUUACCAGUUCUUUUAACAUGUCAAUGUGUUUAAUCAUCUUUGGUGCUGAUGAAAAGCCCUGCAACACCUUAUUUCAGAGUCAGACAUGUAACUGAUUUACUGCAGAGGACAGAACGACUGUCAAACUUUGGUGUCUUAUCAAACGUCCGCCUCACCGAAACAACUUCUUUGAAAUGUUUUUCCAGUGAAAUCAUAGAUGCACAGUCCUCUGUAGAGCCUUCUUUUUGUACUGUUCCUAUUUUUGUGCCAUUAAAUAUGCAAUGAUGUUCUGAA